UGGGGAAUGAGGUUUUGGAUUUUGGCACGACGAGGCUGUGCGAGGCUGAGAAGGUUGAAGAGUGAAUGUGGUCACGUGAUAUAUGCUCUCGUAGGUUCCGGUGUUAGUUACUUGGACGACGAGGGUUUAUUGGGAUUGUACUGCCAUUGUGAGAUCUUAUAGCGUUUGACAGGAUGUUAAUUAAGGAAUAUAAACUAUUUCACUAUGAAAUAUUCACGACGAUAGAAUAUCUGCCCCCAAUCCUGCGUUGCGUCUCCAACCAACAGGAGGGGGCAUAUGUACUCGAGUACGGAAAAGUCUACCUCCUCUCCUCAACGACCUCGACUCCCUCAACCCCAAACACAAAAUGUCCAGCAACAAAGCCUCCGGCAAGAAGUCGCCCACGCGCAAGGGCUCCUCGCGCUCCCCCGCUCCAAAGGUGAGCGCAGAGCAGCCUCUCCUGAAUGGCGACCGCGCCGCCGCUGCAGCCGGCAAGGAGGAGCACCCCUACGAGAACAUUUUCCUCUUCUGGCCGAAUAUCAUUGGCUACGUGCGCAUCGUCCUUGCCCUCGGCUCCCUCUACUACAUGCCGCUCCACCCCCGAACCUGCACAAUCCUCUACAGCGUGUCCUGUCUCCUCGACGCCCUCGACGGCUACGCCGCGCGGCAUUUCAGCCAGUCCACCCGCUUCGGUGCUGUUCUUGAUAUGGUGACGGAUCGCUGCACGACGGCGUGUUUGCUGGUCUUCCUCGCCUCCGCGUUCCCGCGCUGGUCGAUCGUGUUUCAGGGCCUCAUCUCCCUCGAUCUCGCGAGCCAUUACAUGCACAUGUACGCCACGCUUGUGAUGGGUGGUUCUGGCGAGAGCCACAAGAAGGUUGAUCGUAGCCGUAGCUACAUCCUGAACCUCUACUACACGAACAAGACAGUCCUCUUCCUUUUCUGUGCCCUCAACGAAAUCUUCUUCAUCGCCCUCUACCUCCUCUCCUUCUCCUCCCCCCUCCUCUCCCCCUCCCUCCUACAAGUCAACGUCGACGCCUCCACCCCCGGCUCCCUCCAGCCCGGCAACCCCUCGCACCCCUCCGCCGCCUCGCUGUUCGCCAACCCCUGGUCCGCCGGCGCCCUCGAGCUCGCCCGCGCGAAUAAGCUGGAUUCGUUCUGGCCAUGGGUGCUGGCUGGUGCCUCGUUCCCGGUCAUGGCGGGGAAGCAGAUCAUCAAUGUUGUGCAGCUCGUUAAGGCGAGUCGGUGGUUGGGAGAGGGGGAUCGCGAGGAGAGGCGUGUGAAGGGGUUGCCGAGGAAGAAGUAGGCUGUUCUAUCCUACCAUACAUGUGGUGGACAGCAAGCAGGGCGCGUCGAUGACGCGUCGAUGAAGCGGGCGAGGCCUUAAGGGAUCUUGCCCGCGCGGGGGAAGUGAAAGGAUUGGAGUGUACACCAUGGGCCAUUUAGAGACUACGGAGAAAGGUCGCGGCAUGGGCGGACGGCAUCGACGCUGUUCUGACUAUCGGAGUUUGGCACGGAACGGCAAUAGGGGAUGAAUUCGACGGCCCACCCCAGGGACGCGAGGAGGAGGCACAGUAAUGACGCGCGUAAGUUUGUGUGUGUGUGUGUAUAAGCUCAUUUUGGGAACUAAGGGAUGGUGGGGUGUGGGGGUGGGAGACAGAUCAGGGCACACGCUUUUCAAAGCCGUCUUCGUUGUGUGUGUGGGUGGUGCGGGGGGCUUGUUUCGGGAUGGUACAUAUGAACCUAGUAAUUCCUCGUAACGCACAAUGGAUUCUUCUUCUUUGCAUGGUGUGCUGGCCGUCGGGAGUGGUUGUGAGGCUCGGUGUCACAGAAGACUAGGUAGUCUUCUGUUGCACCACAGGCGGAGGUUUUUUUUGGAGGAAGGGGGAGGGGGGGUGAAGAUUGUACUACU